GACACGCAAACGAGCUGCACACCCCCCAAAAAAAAAACAUGGCGGCCAACAUAGAGCAAAUUUUCCAAGAUUUCAUAUUGAAUAAGAUCAGAGAAAUUGAAGACCAGAAUGAAGACAAAACUGCUGCAGAAGGAGGAACGGCCGGUUGCGUGGAAACGGUGGAAUCAGAAAAAGCCGCUUCAGAGAGAAACCAGCAGGAAGACUUGAGGGCCGGAGGUUCGCAGAGGAAACACAGGAAGCACAAGAAACACAAAAGCAAGAAGAAGAGGAGGAACCGGGAGAAGGAGAGCAGCUCGGAGUCCGGGGCGGAGGAGGUGGAGGAGGGAGGAACCGAUCAUCAGCAAAGAGGAGGAACGCCCACAGAACCAAAUAAGGAGCAAGGCGUCGACAACGAGAGCAAGUCCAGGUGCCACAAGCGGCAUUCAACGGGAAAGAGGAAGAAGAAGAAGAGGAGGAGGAAAGGCGAAGAGAACUCGUCGGAUUGCGACUCGGAGUUUGUGUCAAAGCAGAGGGAGAGGAAGAGCGGCCAGAGCUCAUCGCCAAGGCGACGAGAGGAGCUGCCCGACAUCAUCCCGAAACAGGACAGCUCCAAUAAAGGAAGAGGAGACGAGGAACGACACGGCAGGAGGAGGUUCCGCUCCCGAUCGCGGUCGCAUUCCCAUUCUCGUUCCCAUUCCUGUUCAGUGAGGAGGAACUCUCGGCCUGGACUUCCCCACCGGAGAUCCAGGAGCCGCUCACUAUCCAGGUCCAGCUCUUCAGAGAAAAGGGGAGCUUUGGAUGAGUCCAUACAGUCCACCCAGAGUUCCUCCAAAGGCCUUCAGCCUCCUCAGCUGGCCUGCAGCCCUACCCGAGGACACGUCGCAGCAGAGGAGCCGCCAGAGUCAAGCACAGAGUCUCAAAACCGUGACCGGAUAGGAGAGCCCCCAGAAAACAAAGAGGACUCGACACAAACACUAGGUUCUGGCGUACUCCAAUCCGUGCUGGGUCAGUCCAUAUCGACUAAACCUGACCAGACCGCCGAGCCCAGCCCCCCCCAGCUCAAAGCGUUAAACUGCCCCAGGUCGUCCGACUCCAAUGUCAAAUCACCAGCGAAGAAGAAGAGGAAAUCCUCCAAGUCCCCGCAGAGGAAAAAAGAAACAAAGUCAUCCAAGAGGCAGAAAAGAUCCAAGUCCCCAUGUCGGAGCCACAGGAGGGGAUCCAGAUCAAGGAGUCCUUCAAAGAAGAAGAGGUCACGGUCCAGGUCAGCGGGCCGGCGGUCGCGGAGGUCGCGCUCGCGGAGGCGGUCGGCGUCACAUGGCCGGAGGAGGGCCACGUACAGCCAGAGGGACCGCUGGAAACGAGAGCCCAGUCACUCCCCCGUGCUCAUCCUCCGCAAAAACAGGUCCCCAGCUCGGAAACUCUGCAGCUUGAGCAACAGCCCUCAACGCAUCAGCGAACUUGAUAAGGACCAGUUGCUGGAGAUUGCCAAGGCCAACGCUGCUGCCAUGUGUGCCAAAGCAGGUAUGCCCAUCCCUGCCAGCCUGAGGUCCACAGUGCUGCCUCUGGCUCUGCCAACUGUGGCCAUGAAUGCUGCUAUGGCCAGUAUGACGGCUGCCACCAUGACGGCGGCGUUGUCUCACAUGGGCAUGUCGUCGCUGCUGCCGCUGCCGUCCAUCACCAACAAGCCGCCUCCCGCCUCCUCCCAACCCAACAUCGCUUUGGAGGAAGUGAAGAGGAAAGUAGCGAAGCAGGCCAACAGCAUCAGCAUCAAGGAGUUUACAGAUAAAUGCAAGAUGAUUGUGGACAGCAAAGGAGAGCUGCCGGUGGCGAUGCCUCACGUGUCGGACGAAGAGGAUGAUGGGAAGCCUUUCGGGGGAUCGGCUCUACGGGAGCAGAAAGCCAUCAGCUUCAGCAUCAAUAACACCACAGUUCGUCCAGCAGUGCGGAGUGACGCAGGCAUGGCCAAAGAGUUUCCCGUGUCAUCAGGAUGCCAACAUCGCAAAAAGGAGGGCGACGCCCUGGGUGCCUAUGGAGAAUGGGUUCCGGUCGACAAAACGUCAGACAAAGCCGGCGCCGCUGCUGCCGCCGCCGCCGCCGCCUCCAGAAAGGCCGCGACCGCUGUUCCCACAGCGACGGCCCUCUCGUCGUCGGGGGAAACGAUGACGGCGCCGGCGUUGCCUGAGGUCGUGGAACAGCCAGAGUCGGAGCCAGAUAACGACAGCGUCUUUCCUGACCCAGUGCUGCAGCCGGUGGAUAUCUCUCAGGCUGUGACGGAGAGAAUCAAAGCUCAGAGGCGACUGGCGGAGAACCCCUACGACGUCAGCGCCAUCUGCAUGCUCAGCCGCGCGCAGGAGCAGGUGGACGCGUGGGCCCAAUCCAACACCGUGCCCGGCCUUUUCACCGGUUCCACUGGAGCCACGGUCCUCAGUUCGGAGGAGCUUUCCACCAGCGGACCACAAGCAUGGCUGAAGAAAGACCAGUUCCUCAGAGCGGCGCCGGUGUCGGGGGGCGUCGGCGAGUUCCUGAUGAGAAAGAUGGGCUGGAGGACCGGGGAGGGCCUCGGGAGGAACCGCGAGGGCACCGUGGAGCCCAUCGUCAUCGACUUCAAGGUCGACCGCAAAGGACUAGUGGCUGAAGGAGAGAAGCCACAGAAGCAGACGGGAGGACUGGUGGUCACCAAAGAUCUGAUGGGGAAGCACCCGGUGUCGGCGCUCAUCGAGUUGUGUAACAAGAGACGGAUAAUGCAGCCGGACUUUGUCAUGGUUCAUCACAGCGGUCCGGACCACCGCAAGAACUUCCUCUUCAAGGUCACAGUGAACGGCGUGGACUACCAACCCCAGACGGCCAGUCCCAAUAAGAAACACGCCAAGGCCAUGGCGGCUACAGUGGCGCUGCAGGCUCUGGGAGAGGUUCCCGUGGAUGGACCAGGACUCUACACUGGCCCGGUCUUCACUGCUGCUUCCACCGGCCCGCUGUUCUCCACGUAGACGUUCCACACAGGUCAACUGUUUGGACCAGAUUCUCUCAGAGGUUGUAGGACACGGACAAAAAGAAGAUGUGACGUCCCUCUGAAGAACCGCUUAUUAAUACAGUUAUAGUGAGGAACGAGGAACGAGGAACGUAUCUGGUCACAGGACAGAGACCAUACCUUUUGUACGGAAGCCACCUGUGACCAAAUUUAUACCCACAAAGUCAAGUUUUCUUUUUUUUUUAAAAGUCGCACAGUGGGUGGGGAAAAGUGCUUUUUACCAGGUGUUUAGGAUUGAGUCUCCAUCCCAUUCAAAGUGGAUGGCAUGUAUUUAUGUAUGUAUGUAAAGUAUGUAUGAUGACAUGUAUGAUAUAGUAGCAUUACAGCCUGAUAAUACUGUAUAUUAGCUGAACCCCAGACCAGGCGGUGGAUGUGUCGUUUUCUGUGACAGCAUAGCAGGGCUACGUUGUGACGUCCGACGAAUCCGUUGUGUCGCCGUCGGUUAACGAUGUUACAUUUGCGGCCCGGCUUUUUACGGAACUCUAAACCUCCUGAAAAAAGAAAUGUGUAAACUGAAAUAAAGAUUAUAUUUAUGUUACGUGAAAGUUAGAGGAAGCCACAUUUUUGGUUUUCUGGCAACGACGCCUGUGUUGAAUGUUAUUUAAGUUCUUCUCUUUGGGAGUGUAACCAAAGCCACCCCCCCCCCACAUGUAUCAGACUGGAAAGUGCGGACCACCAAGAGUAGUGGCAGCUGGCGGCAUAUGCAAGUACCCGAAACAACCAGCAGCGGUUCCCUGAACGCAUCAUCCCUCCCUCACGGUCUUCCCCAUUCUCAAACACUGCCAGAUGUUGCAUAGCACAGAAGCUGGGUCUCUGCUGCCCCCCCCCUCCAGUCCAGUCCAGUCCAGCAUUUGCUCUUUUAUGAUGAUGAUGAUGAUGAUGAAAAGUUGGAUAACUCAUUUUGUGUGAGAGAUUUGUCCCAACAUCCCAAAUAGAUAGAACAUUACGACCGACUGUAAAAUGUGAAGAUCUGUUUUAUAUUUCCCACCGUAAUAACGCAGGUUAUGGAGAUUAAUCCCCAAAUCUGACCACUAAUAAACUUUCAAAAUCUGACCAAGUGAAGAUAUAUCUACUGUAGAUCCUCUUUCAAGGGUCUUUUUUUGUUUGUUUUUCUCCACCUGGAUCUUAUUUUAGUGUCUUUUAGUGAAUAAUUAGCACAACAGUUUUUUGCUGAAACUGAGUAUAUAUAUAUAUAUAUAUAUAUAUAUAUAUAUAUGUGUGUAUGUAUAUGUAUAGAGGGAGAUUGUAGACAGCUGUAAUGUAAUCUAUGUACGUCCACUAAAGGUGCUUGUUGUUGCCACUGACUGGCUCAGAUUAUUAAA